AUUUGAAGUGAGCGUGAGAAACGGCGGGAUGUUAGACACGUCUUAAUGUUUGUGUGUGUUACUUGCCAAAUUUUCUUGUCUUUUUUUGAUGCAAUUUCUCUGUUUUAGGGAGAUUUUAGCAGGCCAUUAAAAAGUAGACAAAGUUUUUUUUUCAUCUUAUGAUUAGAGAGUUUCAAUCCGAGAUAUUCAAAGCUUCAUAUUUACCGGAUGACAUUGAAUUCCAGUAAAGAAUAUUUUUUGUACCAUAUUUAUAGAUAAUCUACAAAUGUUUACUCAUGCAGGAAGGACCUUUUCACAUGAAAACACUCUUGUGUAAAACAUGCGAAAUAUGCUUUUAUGCUAAGGAUUUCAAGUACUUGAUGGGCAGUAGCAAAUAUAUUAUGUUAUUUUCUUAAAUUAAGCUAAGUAGGAUUUCGCAACGUUUUCAAUAUGAAGACUGCAAAGCAAGAAAAAGGACAUGCAAAACCUUUCAGCAAAAAAACUUUUUAUUUGGAUUUGAAAUCCUUUAGGCAAGAAAAUAAUCUAGCUCAAGACAUAAAAAUCUUGGGUGGGAAACAAGAGUCAUUUUUGAGCAAAGAAGUUUCCUUUGUUGUUUCAGAUCGAAUAUCUCUUAAGCAUCACCUCCUGAAUUUAUCUGCACGUAAAUCUAACACUGCAUGUCCAAGUCCUCAACUUUUUAAUGACAGUGUCUUUGGUUUAUCUCCACUUCAUUUGACUUCUCCCGGUUUGGAACAAGAUGCUGCGCCAAUGUCUCGAGGACUUGCUCUUCUUCAGAAAGCUAGACUCCAGACGAAAGGUACUGGUGACAUAAUGGAAGUUUGCAAGCAAUGGAAUAUAAAAGUUUAUCAUGUUCAAAAAGUUUUAUCGUGGAUAGAAAAAUACAAGAACUUGUACAGGAAAUAUUAUCUUGCCUGGGUAAGAUCAUUAUGCAAAAAAAUUACAAU